UGUAGUCGAUACUACGUGAGACAGGACGGCUGUGCUUCUUAUCCACCCAACAUGUCCAGUUAACUGGUGUCCUUCUUUUUUGCGCAUGGGACUGGACACCUUCUUAGAGGUCAAUAAAAACAUGGAGAGAAAGGCCAUGGAGCAGGAAAUGCUGGCUCGAAGAGCUGAGCCGGGACGUCAUGUGCUGGACCAUGCUAUCAUGGCAGCAGAACUAUACAUGAAAUCUUAUGCUGCUGCGACUAAUCCUUCUCAUCGUGCCUUAUUAAGGCGAAAAUGCGCUGAAAUGGUCGCGCUGGCCGAAGUACACAAGUUGAGGGAGGCAAAAAACAGCCUUUUACCAUUGCAUGUCAGACAGAUCUCUUCCCAAGAGAAGGCGAUUCUCCAUGAAUCAUCUCGACUUAAUGGCAACUACUUCCCGCUCUGGGACUCUGACCCUCUGGAAGGCACGUUUCUUCCCUUGCCCGGGGGCAUGCACUUUAGUGACCCGGCUACCUAUACCAUGUCUCGUCACCAAAGUGACAUUCUGAACAGCUGGAAGCGACCUGCGCUAUUCUGUCAUUCGGAAUCUGCUGCCAAUGAUCCAAGUGAAAAGCUAAUGGCACUGCGUGGCCCCUGCGAUCUUGUGCAAGACAUAACGACUGAUUGUUCUGUCGUGGCUAGUCUCUGUGCGGCAAUGAACAUACUCGUGGCUGGCGCCAACAAAAAGCCACUUCUGGCUUCUUUGAUGUUUCCAUUUGACCACGAAAAUAGACGACCAAAAGUAUCGCAGAACGGCACGUAUAUUUUCCGCAUGCAUUUUAACGGUUGUUUCCGAAAAGUUGUCGUGGAUGACCGCCUCCCAACGUCAAAAGAACAUGUGAAUCGGUGCCUCCAUGUAGUCGAUCGCCGAAACCCAGAUCUCCUCUGGCCUGCGCUCAUGGAGAAGGCGUAUUUGAAAGUGCGCGGUGGCUAUGACUUCCCUGGAAGCAACUCCGGAACCGAUCUUUGGGUGAUGACUGGCUGGAUACCCGAACAACUAUUUCUCCAGAGCGAGGACAUCGAUCUCAACCAGGCAUGGGGUCGUAUGGUUCGAGGCUGCGCAUCCAGCACGGUCAUCCUCACUUUAGGCACUGGUCGUCUUUCGCCAUCAGAAGAAGAGGCUCUGGGCUUAGUAGGUGAGCAUGACUAUGCCGUUCUGGAUUUGAGUCAGUCAAACGGUAUUCGCCGACUACUGGUAAAAAACCCGUGGUGUGACGGUCUUAUAUGGAACGGAGAUGGGUUCCGUGACGCAGACCAAAGGACAGCGCGACGCCCACCUGUCGGCUCAAACUUCGAGGAGACUAACGGUCCACAUCUGCCUGGCACAUUUUGGAUGUCGCUCGAAGAAGUUGCUCAGAAUUUUGAGUCGAUGUACCUCAACUGGGACCCUACGUGCUUUGGCCACCGUCAAGAUCACCAUUUCACCUGGCAAGUCCCGCAGAAGACCAUGAGAAAUACGCUAGCCUACAACCCUCAGUAUUCAAUGCGUUCGACCGUGAGCGAGGUUGCGUGGAUUUUACUCAGCAGACAUUUUGCGGACCAGGAGCUUCAGAUAACACGCAAUGCGCGGUCAGGUUCUCUCGCAGCAACCGCCAAACGUGUUGGGUAUACCGGCAUCUCUAUAUUUGAGAAUGACGGCAAGAGAGUGCAAGCCACAGAGGUAGCGUCGUACCGGGGUCCCUAUGUCGACUCACCACAGACGCUAGCUAAGUUCGCUGUGGAUGCGGGGAAAGCUUACACUGUUAUUAUGACACACGAGGAUCUACCCCUCGACAGAUACUCGUGUACAUUUUCGUUCUUCUCCCAAGAGCCACUGGAGGUCGAGCCGGCCAGGGAAGAUCUGCAGCACUUCAAGGAGGUUACAGGGUCCUGGUCCAGGCGAAGCGCCGGUGGCAACGCAUCUUCUCCCACCUACUCACAAAAUCCUCAGUUCCGCAUAUCGAUACCCACAGCAACCCCACUUUCGAUUUUGCUCUCGACUGCGAACCGGGAUCUGGCCAUUCAUCUAGACCUUGUAUGGUCCCCGGGCAAACGGGUCAUAUCAAUCGGAAAGAAAGAUGUAGUGGCAAGCUCGGGAGAUUACCGCUGCGGUAGUGCUUUUAUGCAUGUCCCGGAGGUUGAAGCUGGUACCUACGUCAUUGUAUGUUCAACUUUCGAGUCGGGGCAAUUCGCUGACUUUGCCAUGCGGGUUGGCUCCAUGGUCGAGUGCAAAAUGUCGGCGGUUGCAGGCGAUGGCGCAGGACUUUUCUGUUCUCGUGUCCCUGUCCUUUCUUUUGCGGCCGGAGAAGAGAGAAAACAAGCGAGAAUCACCACGACUCGCCUUACUAGGGCGUAUGUGGUAGCGCGUUCCUCGAAUCAGCCGGGCCAGAUCGGAUUAAGACCUUCAGGCGCUGGAAUCCGGAUAUCUCUUGUAUAUGGGCGCGGCCCGCACGCGGAAAUUCUGGCAACUUCGGGUUGUGGUGAUUUCAGAGAGCUUGUCACUGCACUGCAAACACCGGAGUUCGACAUUGAGCCCGAUCGCCUUAGAUGUGAUCCGUUAUGGCUCGUGGUUGAGCGAUUGGGUAGCCACCGCCCUAUGGGACGUAUCGAAAUCGAGUUCCUGGGUGAUAACUCUGUUCAGUGCGGUUUAUGGGAGGAUAUAGCGUGCUAGUCCGAUGUAUAGUGCCUGGGAGUUAUUAGAAUAAUCGGGUUAAGGUACCGCGGAAUUAUCUACAUUCUAUUCUUCUAGACUUUAAGGGUAUAAGUCUAGCGCGCUAUAUAUAUUAUACUAUAAGUGCAGGGAGGCCCGUGCUAAGUAUUAGAGGUCGCCGACU